GCACACAUCACGGAGUCAGACUCACUGUCGGUUGAGCCAGCGACCUGUAAAAACUCAUAGCAAAGGUGAUAAAGGCGUGUUGACCGUCUGUGUUUCUCCUGCCUUUUUUCCGGGUCUCGUUUGCACAGAAAUAAGCCAUAGUGUUGCCAAUAACGCUUGAGAGCGCGAGGGAGAAAAAAAGAACCGCUCGUCGCAUAUGGAUUUGUACACGAAUGCGCCUACUUGGCUGCAGCAGCAUCAGAGCCAGCAGGGCCAGCACGUCCCCGAUCCCCAGCAUGUCCACCUAGAGCCCAGAAACGAUGACUGGAAAGACCAUCCAUCACCCUCCACUCAGCCAACAGGCGCCGGCGCGACCCCAUCCACACAACCCACCUUGGAUCUGAGCGAGUUUGGUUUGGACCUACCCGGUCCUUCGUCCUCAUCGUCCUCCAUGUCCUCACAGCCUCAGUCCUUUUAUAGCCAUGCUUUUCCCCACAGCUAUUACAUGCCCGCUGUCCCAGGUCCUUACAAUGCCAUCGCGUACGGCGCACCCUCGUGGCCAAGCCAGACCCAACCGGUUCCUUUGUCAAGCUACUCCUCUUUGAAUGGGGCAACCACAAGCUCUUCUCAGCCCACCCAUUCUCAGCCUACCCAGCAGUCAGCGUCCCCUUCGCAAAUGAUGAUAGAUCCUGCCCUGACUACCAUCAAUGGCUCCGAUGUCCAGUCACAGUAUACACAGCAGUCUAAUUAUUCUUCAUCUUCGCAGCAACAUCCCCAACGUUCCCAAUAUCAGUAUCAGUCGCAUAUCCAACCCUCUACUUUAUCAAUAAAUCCUUCUUAUGUUCAUCCUUCUCAUUUUUAUCAACCCCAUCCAUCACAACACCAACCAUCAUCUCAACCCCAGGGUACUCUUUCUCCCCAUGCAUUACAUUCUCCUUCUGCCACGAUCAUGGGUUCCCUUAGUCUUAUGUCUUCACUUUAUUCUCCUUCUACGGCAUCUACUUCAACGUCUACCUCACAGACCCUUACUCCUCAGGCUCGGAAGGAACUACUCCAAGCUAACGUCAGGCCCCUGUUACUUCCCAAUUCUUUUACUGGUGCAGGGGCUGUUAGUUCUCUUGUCAACUUCAUUGACGAUUUUGGUUCGCAAGAUGUCGAUCCGCAGCUGCGAUUGGAGAUCUUGACAAAAAUUAGAGAUAAUGCAGGUAAUCAUUACUUUCGAGCAUGGUCUGAAAACCCCACCGCAAUGGAUGUGACGCGAGAAUGGCUCAAGGCAGGUUUCACCGCCAAAAGUGACAGUACUUUAGUCGAGACUGUUAUGCCCCUGUUGCACAUUAUAGACCGGCUGCCUCUCACGAUCGAAUCAUUGAAAUCAUCUAAGUUAGGCAAGAUAAUUGUGAAAUUGGUUAAGGAACCUCCAGCUCCGGCAAUAAAGGACAUGGCAUCUAACCUGGAACGAAGAUGGCGCCAGUUGCUUCAGGCGCAGGAUAAUGCCUCGAAACAAGGCGAUCCUAAAGUGGCAGAGGAGGCCAAAAACAAGAAGAGAAAACCGAUAGACCCUCCUACGAAAAUCCCACCACCAACGAAAAAGGUAGCUGUUUCUUAUCCUGUUUCGAAGGUGACGGUGGUCAAGAAGGAGGCGAAAUCUGCGGUUAAGGACGCCAAGUCAGACUCGUCUUUCUUCUCGGCGCCAAAGCCAAAACCGAAGUUGCCCAACUUCAAGAAAGCUGCUCUGCCAACCAAGAAGGAACUAGAUCUUAAUGUUGCACAGCCAUCGUCUAUUGAUCCGUUCCAGGAGGUUUUGAAGUCGAUGGCAAAAGGUCGAAAGGAGUCGCCAGCUACCUCUACGCCACCGCCGACAUCUCAAGUUUCAGCAGCUAAUGCGACAAGUUCUCUUAUUAAAGUUAAGAGGAAAUCUGUCACCUGGGCUCCCGAGGGUCAACUGGAGUCAAUUCGACUUAUAGAGAGGGCUAUCUACGACGAUGACCCAGUAGAUGGUAUUCAUACGUCUCAUAGUCUCCGUGACUUGGAUCGAGGUGAAGGAGCAGCAUUGCAUGUUCCCUUGUUCGAAGAACUCAUCGACUGGUUUGAUCCCAUGUCUAUUGAAAUCCCCGAGGACAUCGAAUUGCCUCCGAGAGGCUUGCAGAGUGCGGAGAGAGUAACUCAGGAAGAGCGAGAGCAAACUGCUUUAGGUGCAUUGUAUAUGUCUGCAGCGCACAUACCCGAUAGCCCUGGUGAACCUACGAUCACCAUUGCAGAUGAAGAAGUUGAUAAAGAGGUCAAAUUGAUGACGGUGGGGCAGGACGGUGACAGUACAUUUUGGAGUGAGGCUAGUUCCUCUUCGAUGGACACUCAGCAAGUUUCGGUUGCCGAUCUCGUAGGUCAGCUUACAGCUGGCGAUGUUGAUCAGACAAUGGCGAGUGCGCCGUAUGAUGGGCAGAGCUUCCAUACAUUGGGAUUUGAUUCAAAACUGCUUUCUUCACUUGCUGCUAUGCAAACCAUUCCUCCCGAACAGAUGCAGCAGUUGAUGCAACAAGCUCAGACCAUGUUUGGCCAGGGCCAAUCCAACAGCGUACAGCCCCCUUACGGCGGCGCCGAACAAAACUGGAAUGCGAAUCAAUAUGCCGAUUAUGGACAGGAUUACGCCGACGACGGCUCACGAGAUCGACGUUGGGGAGCUGAUAGCAGGGGACGAGGGCGUGGCCGUGGCCGCGGCCGCGGUCGAGGUGAAGACGUUGGUUUUAGAAAUAAUAAAAGAAAACCUUGCAGUUUCUUUGCAGCAGGAAGAUGCAAAUUUGGCGAUCAGUGCGACUUCAGUCACGAACCUAUAUAUUGAUUAUCUGGACCAUUGUAGCAUAAGCAGAGUAUUCCUUGACAUGAAAAACAGUUUUGAGAUCGUUUUCUAGCCUUUAAGUGGGUACACUAGGACGAGGGACUACGAGGGACAAGGGUAUGUUCUCCAAGACAUACCCACACCAUACGAUCGGAGUUCAAUUCCCACCGAUAAGAUAAAAACGUGGAAUUCGGUGUCAUAAUAGUACAGGUAAUUAUAAAUAACACGUUCAUGGACCGCCCUCCUAGUUUUAGAUCCAACGCAGAAAACAAUGAGUAUGGUACACUUUGUACUGCGAAACAGCUGAGAUAAUCGCUAACAAAAAGACAAGCAAAUCCGACGAUAAUAAAUCAAAACACAGCAAAGAGGCUUCUAUCCACCGGCUGUUCGCCCGCGCUUUCGGGUCACUCUUUUAUUAGGAGGUUGUUCGGCAUUACUCGUGGUGGGUGAGUUGGUAUCAUUAGGCUUCCGUUUGAGUGUAGCGUUGCCUAUCGAUGGCGUAGUGUUGGCCGAGGUCUGGGAGGUGGUGGGUGCAGAUGACGUCGAGCUUAGUGGCGGAGGAGCAGGAUUCGACCCCUGCAAUUGCGGUUGGCCUUUAUUCUUCUGUGGAGUGUCGAUAGACAGAUGAUUAUUUUGUGGGGAAUCAGUUGAAGGUCUUGGUUGUGGGAUGGAUGACGGAUUUGCCGACGGCACACCAGAAUAGAGUGUUACUGGGGCCGAGUGUACACCGUUGAGACCCUGAAAGCUCUGAAAAUUGACUGGUCCAGCGCCAUUAGACAUGGCCAACGUUCCAGGCGGCCCUAAAUUUUGUGCUUGAUUCUCUUUUAUACCCACCG